GCCCCUCCCAAAUCUACAGAGGGUCAGAUAGUAUUUAAGAACUCCAUCAUCACUGUGGGUUUCCAUAGUAAGCCCAGCCACCUUCACCAGCGCAAGCAAGAGAGUGCUCCGGCGCCUACAGACUGCCAGCCACCCAAACUCUCGUGUCAAAAGGGUUCAUCGUGACUCUUUACUAGACCCAACCCUGCACCCCUAAAGGCACCCUCACCAUGAGUCUGGACCCAGGCAAGCUGCCGCCCACCCGUGUCGUCGGGGGCCCUGCCACACCCCGCAAGGGACCACCCAAGUUCAAGCAGAGGCAGACCCGUCAGUUCAAGAGCAAGCCCCCAAGGAAGGGCAUCCAAGGCUUUGGAGAUGAUAUCCCCGGAAUGGAGGGGUUAGGCACUGACAUCACUGUCAUUUGCCCAUGGGAAGCCUUCAACCAUUUGGAGCUUGACGAGCUGGCCAAGUACGGUAUCAUCUAAGGCCAACAGGACUCCAACUCCCAGAAUUCCCUCCAUGUGCUUCAAACCAUCUGCUAACCGGCCUUUUGCAGUAUGGUCCUGGCCAUGGGCUCCAACCCGACUGGAACACUCUCAUCAUACAUCUAUCUAUAUAAAAAUAUAUAUCUAUAUCAAAACGUAACGUUUGUAAAAAUAGAAAAAUUCAAAGAAAAAUAGUGCACAAAAAAGUAUCAUUCUGAUCUUCUUAUCCUUUUCAUGGGUUUCAUUUUUCCUUUUCUGCAAGAUAUUGUUCAGACUCAAACAUCUGCUCAGUGGUAGUGUCUCCGCACUUCCUCUUUAACCCAGACAGCCCGUUGCUCGGGAACAGGUCCGACCCUGUACUGGGCCAGAUCUGGCUCAGAGUUGCAUCUGUCAGUUCUGUUCGGUCAGUUCUGCACUGUAUCUGUAGACAGCAGCUGCACAACCCAGCACCCUCCCAACCCCACUCUCUUCACCUCUUCCUGUAGCAGGCUUUUCUUUUCUGUACUUCUGUUACCUUCUCUUCCCCCCCCCCACCACCACCACCUCCUUCACCUCUCCUUUUCAUCUGGAACAGAACAUACGCAAACCAAGCAGCCUCAAAAUGAGUUUAAACAGAUUAAAAUAAGUGAUGCACCCAUGAAAUGCAUGGCUUCUCAUUUCAUGUGUCUUGGCGCCUCUGUUGCCACCUCGGAGGCACUUCCACCCAUGCCAAGAUUUUGAAGAAAACGAUCAGAGUCCCGUAGAGCUCGCAGAUCAUGCUGCUGACCAUUGUCAAGUGUAGCCUCUGACACUAUGGAUCAAAUUCCUCCCUCACCCUCUCCCUGUAUCCUCAUCAGUAUAAUCCUUUAAAGGUUAACAUUUUCUGUUCACUUCCCCCAUGUCUCAGAUGAACAUUCCACAGAAUCGUCACCUAGUGUAUGGUCAGAAAGAUGUUUUCUCAGGGAUAGGCCAAAAGCUUGCGGACGAGGCGUGAAUGUGAGAACCGUGAGGUCAAUGCACCCUCCACCAGAUUCUUUUCUCCCCCGUUUUCAUUGAGUGUAGUGUGGGGUUUCCUGUUUAUAGGAAAGGCACAUAUUAUGGGGGGGGGGGCUGAUUUCACUUUUUUGGGCAGGGGAUGUUUGAAGACAAAUACAGUAGUACAAUGAGGACGCCCUCUUAACACUUUGUGGUGCACUGUUCAUCUCCAUCUCCAUCAUAGCCAUUGUGUUGCACUUAUCUAGAGUUGUUACUAUCUCUUUUUCCCUUUUUUGAUCUUUCUUUUGCUCAACUUUAAUUCUACCUUUGAACAUAUAGUAUUGCCAUUGCCAUCAUCAUCGUCAUUGUCAUCGUCAUUGUCAUCAUCAUCAUCAUAGUCAUUAUCAUCAUCAUCUUCUUCAUCAUCUUCUUUUUGUCACUAAUUUUAGUUCCAUUUUGAUUUCCCUUGUAAAUCUCAUUGUAAAAUAUGAUUCAUUAUCCACACCCA